CUUUCACCAUUGAGAGGAAACACAGCAGCAUAUGUAAAGGACUCGUACCAUUUUGUCAGUGAAAUAAAACACCUACAACUAGCUGACAAUGAAACUAUGGUCAGUUUUGAUGUUCAGUCAUUGUUUACAUGCUUACCUGUUGAAGACUGCAUCAAGAUUGUGUCUAAGAAACUAGCAGAGAAUAACAUGCCUACUGAAUAUGCUGAACUGUUAAAACAUUGCCUAACAUCUGGCUAUUUACUGUGGAAUAAUCACUUCUACACGCAAGUGGAUGGUGUAGCAAUGGGCUCCCCAGUAUCUCCCAUUGUUGCUGAUAUCUUCAUGGAGGAUUUUGAGGAGCGAGCCCUGCAAUCUGCACCUGUAACACCCAAAUUCUACAAGCGGUACGUAGAUGAUACUUUCACAAUACUACCAUCUGACAAAGUCACAGCAUUUUUAAAUCAUCUUAACUCCAUAAACCCCAAAAUUCAAUUCACUAUGGAGUCAGAGGCAAACAACUCCUUAGCUUUCUUAGAUGUUUUGGUUAUCCGUAACCCUAAUAACACCUUGAGUCACACUGUGUAUCGGAAGAAAACCCAUACAGACAAAUACCUUCAUGGUGAGUCCCACCACCACCCAACACAGUUAUCUACCGUUGGUAAAUCAUUGUUUCAGAGAGCACGUGGGAUCUGCGAUGAACAACACCUGGGUGCUGAGCUUCAACAUGUCAAGCAAGUACUGCACGACAACAAGCUCCGAGUACCGCGCCCUGGUCGCAGAACCCGCGUGAAACCAGCCACAGUUGAGCGUCUACCUGCUGUUCUUCCAUACAUAAGAGGAGUCACAGACAAGAUUGGCUACAUCUUGAAGCGAGCUUCAAUCAAAACCUACUUCAAGCCGCUGAAGAAGAUCAGUCAAUUCUUACCACCUGUCAAGUGUCACAUACCUCUACAAGAUGCGGGUGUAUACAAGCUUGAAUGUGAUUGUGGUCUCUCUUACAUAGGCCAAACUAAAAGAAGCAUAGGGACCCGCGUAAAAGAACACAUCGCCGAUGUCAAACACCGCCGUUCCAGACAGUCAGCAGUUUGUGAACACACACUAGACAAGGCCCAGCAUUACAUCAGAUUUGAUAAACCACAAGUCCUUGCAAGAGAAAACCGAUUCCUACCUAGGAUGAUUCGCGAGGCUAUUGAAAUUAAAAAACAUCCAAAUUUCAAUAGAGAAGAUGGCUGGUGCAUACCACCUGCUUGGAAUCCCAUCAUAGAAACUAUUAAAUCAAAAUCCAAGCCUACAACUGCUCGACCUAUGGAUACAGUGAGCUCG